GAUAACGCAAAUGGUGUUUCUUACAUCUGACCGAAAUUGGUCUUCAAACCAUAAAACUAUCAAGCGAGUUCGACCACUUUGCAGAUGCUAUGCCGCUUUAUCGGAAAAUACAUCAAGACUCUCAAGGUGGUGGAUCGGUGCCGCUUUGCCAGAAGCGCAAAGAGUCAUUCAUGUACUGAACUCUUUUAAGUUUUCAAGGCGCUACAGUCUUACAUCGACUCUGUUCACAAGGCAAUAUGUCAACUCGCAUUGAGCUCAUCCUUGGCGCAGGCUCGUUCGGUAAACCCGGGCCCAAGUCCAAUGGUGCUCGCGUUCAUACGGUAGAACAGUGUCGAGAGAUGGUGGAUGCAUUUGUUCGCUAUGGACACAAGAAGAUCGACACGGCCCGCAUAUAUGGUGGUGGGACAUCUGAAGAGUUCCUGGGAGAGAUCGACGUGAAAGGCUGCACCGUAGACACCAAAGUUUAUCCUAUGCAGCCUGGAGAUCACGCGCCAGCAAGGCUGCGGGCAAUUUUCCGGGAGUCGAUCAAGGCUCUCAAUGGGCAGAAGGUUCAUACGCUAUACCUCCACGCUGCAGAUAGAAGUGUUCCUUAUGAGGACACGUUGAGAGAAGUGAAUGAAAUGCACAGGGAAGGCCUUCUAGAGGAGUUUGGCUUGAGCAACUUUUAUGCCUGGGAGGUUGCCGAGAUCGUUGGCAUUGCGAAACGCAACGACUGGAUUGGCCCUACUGUCUAUGAAGGGUGUUACAACGCUGUCGAACGCACAGUAGAAACGGAACUGCUUCCCUGCCUUCGUCAUUUUGGCAUCAGGUUCUACGCGUACAGCCCGCUGUGCGGAGGACUACUGGUAGGAAAGCUCCUUAAUGAAACGGACCUACGCAACAGCACGGGAGGCCGAUGGGAUCCUAAAGUCACAGAUCUCGCGCCUACACUCCACCGGAUAUAUGCCCCACUCUUGCCCGUGCUCAAAGAGCUAAAAGAAGCAGCAGAAAAACACGGCAUACCCCUUCCUGAAGUCGCCCAACGGUGGCUUCAGCAUCACAGCUUGCUCCAGCCCGGAGAUGCGGUUAUACUCGGAGCAGGCAGCGCUUCGCAGCUGGAAGACAAUAUGAAGCAGUGCGAGGGUGGUCCACUAUCCGAGGAUGUUGUCGAUAUGGUGAAUGAGGCUUGGGCGAAGGCAAAGGCCAACGCUUCUUAUUAUGCUUGGUGAAAUUCAAGAACCGUUGGGAGCUUUACGCCAUGGGCACUCCCGCUGCACGGACUUCAAAAGAGGAUAUAUGUAACAUUAGUUGCAAGUCUGAAUCCGUGACUAUACUGAAAAUGCUCUGUAGUACUGCAAUGUAAACCCGUUGAAAAAGGCGUCUAUGAUGCAGCGCUACGGAGUACUCGGAAUAAUGUAAUGAUCUUUGGAAUUU